AUGUCUGUGGAGCGAAAAUGGCAUGCAGAUGGCUUCUCUUUGGAUGUUUCGCCCAUUGUGAACACAGUUGACGGUGGACGCAUCACACCCUCUGGCCUGAGCCUCGACGAGAUUCACUCGGCUGUCGCAUCCGACUGCUUUGAAGUGUCAAGUGCUUGCAUGAGGGAGGAUGGGCAGUUGUGCUUACCCUUGGGAGUAUCAGUAACCUGUGGGGAGACAUGGCUAGAGGUCGCCUUCAAAGACAGAGCAGGGAGGGAGCGCAUCUUGCGAAGAGACUUUUUGCCGCAAGGGGACGCACCCAAAGUCACUGUCAGGACAAGUUAA